UUUAGUACCUACGCCUAGUUUCACCGGCAAAAUGUAUCCGCCGCUAAAUGACCAACAAGAACAUUUCCCUGUUUCUGGAUUUCCAAACCCACAUCCUCCACACCCUUAUGCUUCAUAUGUUCCCACCUCUAUAUGCCCUCCGCCGGCAGCUGGGAAGUGGUCUACCGGUUUAUGCCAUUGCUGUGAUGAUCCUGCAAAUUGUGUGAUCACUUGCUUUUGCCCUUGUAUCACUUUUGGACAGAUAGCUGAGAUAGUGAACAAAGGAUCAUCAUCAUGUGCUGGAAGUGGGGCUAAAUAUGGGUUAUUAUUGGGAUUCACUGGCUUUGCAUGCUUUUACUCAUGCUUCUAUCGCUCAAAAUUGAGAGGCCAAUAUGACUUGGAGGAGGCUCCAUGCGUUGAUUGCUUGGUUCACUUCUGCAGUGAGACUUGUGCGCUUUGCCAAGAGUAUAGGGAGCUCAAGGCUCGCGGAUUUGAUAUGGGAAUUGGUUGGGAGGCCAAUAUGGAAAGGCAAAAACGCGGCGUUAUGAUGGCUCCUAUGGUCACAGCCAGCAUGACCAGAUGACUUCUGAUUCCUCUUUGUAUAUUUCCAUUUUAUUAGCAAGUUUAAGUUGAAAUUUUCUCACCGUUUUUGGAGGAAAAAAAUCUAUCAUGUGCAUAUACACUCUGCAGUCUAUCUACAUUUUAUCUUUUUAUGAAGUUGUUUUAACUUUAAUUAGUUAUUUUAAUUAAUAUUAAACAUUCCUAUUUUAAUUAUUUUUCAAUAUUAUAACUUCCUCCUA